AAAUCAUAAACCACACACACGCACACAGACAAUGUACGCAUUCACACACAUACAUACACACAAUAUUUAUUACCUGGUGAUAUUUCUUCCUCCUUCUUAUUUAUGUGAAACAGACGGCAAACAAAAUUAAGCAGGGAAGGAAUAACUCUGGUCACCGGCAUCUAAUUCCCUGAAUAUCUAUCUACCUGGAUUUAUUUUUAAUGUUUGCAAGAUAAUUUAUAGUCCCCAUUUCCUUCCACAAUGUACCACCAUAUUCUGAGCAGUAAUCAUUUGUCUAUGAUAAUUAUUUUACUUAAUAGUAAUGAGUUAUUCAUAGCCACACUGAACAGUAAUCCUGUUACGUCAGCAUCCACAUCCUCCUCAUCUUCAUCAUCGUUAUCGACAGGAGUCUACGGUCAACAAAGAUGUAUGAAACCGGUACCAAUACAAAUACCAGAAUGUCAAAAUACCUUUUAUAAUUAUACAGGUAUGCCAAAUUUAGUCGGUCAAGAGACCCAGUUCGAUGCUAGACAUCAGUUACAAACUUUUAAACCACUAAUCACCUACAAGUGUUCAUCAAAGUUAAAUUUUUUCCUUUGUUCCGUAUAUACACCAAUGUGUGAUGUGAAUACGCAUUAUUUAAUUGGACCAUGUCGUCCAUUGUGUGAACAUGUUCGAGCAAGAUGUGCACCUGUGUUAAGAGUCUUUGAUUUUGAUUGGCCAGAGAAUUUGAAUUGUUCAAGAUUCCCGGUGAAAAAUAGUGUUGGCGGUGCAAUGUGUAUGGAAGGUCCAGAAGACUUGGAUGAGGAUAAUGAUAAUAAUAAUAUUAAUAAUCAGGAUACACCACAGAAUAGUAUGACAAAUAAUCAAUUAAAAGCCAACGGGAAUAAUCCUGUUGUCUAUCAGAAUUUACCGUUGGAUCCUUCCGUGAAAGAAGUGCUACACGCAAUCUCAUUAGAUGCCAAUCAUAAAAUGCCAAAUCAUGUUGAAGGAAUCAAAGAAGAAGAAAGAGAAGGAGUAGAGGCGGACGAGGAAAGAGUAAGAUUUAGCAAAUUAAUGGAAACAUUGACCAGUGGAGAUUUACCUUCAACAAUAACAGGAACUAACGAUCUCCUACCGCAUACAUUCAACUCCCAACUGGCUAAAUAUCCAAUACCGUUAAGUCAUUUAGCCCAAUCGAUACGGUAUUGUUCACAUUUGAAAAAACCAACCUUUUAUGUUUAUAUUAAUCGUACGGGGAGGUGUGCACCCCUAUGCGAAGCUGAUAUUCUCUAUACAACUGAGGCCAAAACACUAUCAACAAUGUGGACCAGCGUAUUAGCCGGUAUCUGUAGUCUAGUGACAACAUUCACCCUUGUAAGGUAUGCAAUGAAUCCGUGUGAUUUUCGACCAAAUGAAAAACCAAUCGUUUAUAUUGCACUGUGUCAAUUAUUUUUUGCUCUUGGUUAUGGGCUGAGUUUAGGCCUGGGUAGAGAAACAGUAACAUGUGGUCGUGAUUUAGACUCAGGACGUAAAAUUCGACUGCAAGAAGGUUUAGACAAUGCCAUGUGUGCAUUUGUCUUUAUGAUCCAGUACUUUUUCUCGAUAGCUAGUUAUAUUUGGUGGACAAUGCUUGUAUUUCAUUGGGCGUUGCAAAGAAGCGGUAUGAUAUUCUCGUGUUUAUGUUGUUCAGCAGGCUCGUCAUCAUCAACGCCACCGAUACCCCUGCAAUCACAACCACCGGUUCCAGUGGUACCAUCUGCGACGGGUAGUAAUCCUUGUGAAAUGAAUAUUAAGCCUGAUGAUUCAAAAUUCACUAGUGGUUGUUUUAAAUGGAACUGUUUUUGUUCAUGCCCUGAAAAUGCGGUAAAUUCGAGUAAAUCUGAAAUUAUUACAAAUGAAGGAUUAGUUCAGAAUAAUCCACCUCUGACGACAGCGGCAACUCAAAAUGAUCCUACGAAAAGAGAUCGUUAUUGUUAUUAUCACUAUCAUCAUCAGCAAAAUCAUCAUAAUCAAUAUUGGUCAACAAUGAACUCUAAUCAUCAAAGAUAUGGCAUGUUUACACCGAAAACAGAUCAGAUUACAGCAUGUUUAGCUAGAGAACAUGUCGUCGCCUGGUUGACUGCUGGUCUAUUCACUGUUGGUGUUCUUGUUAGCCGACAAGUUGACGCAGACGAACUGAUUCCUGUAUGCGGUGUUGGCCGACAGAAUACCAGUGUUCUUGGUGCAUUUAUCUUAGCCCCACAAACUGUAUUAAUCACACUGGGUGGGAUAGCAUUUAUCUUUGGAUUUAUCUGUUUAUUCCCGUGUUUUCGUCAUCGAAAAUGUUUCUAUUGGCGACAGUUUAAAACAAAACCAGUUAAUAUGCAUACUCCUCCUACUGCUACUGCUACUACUGCUCCUGGACAUUGUAGCAAUCAACAGUCUUAUCCACAGAGUUAUUAUCCUCUGCAUCAACAAAAAGGUCAACAGUCGGAGACAGAUCAUCAGCUGUCUUCUAUGGAGGAUUGUGUGAAUACAACAUCUACACCACAGACAAGAUCAAGUUUGAAAAAGGCUAAAACAACAGGUAGAUCUCAUUGUCAGCCAACUGCCUACAUCAAUAAUCCUUCUGUUCCGCAUCAGUCUAAUAAUAAACAGGUAUCUAGUCAACAGUGUUUUUAUCAGAAUUACAAUCAUCUGUGUUAUGCAUCCGGUAGGUCAUCUCCAUCUCCUGGGGAUCCAAUGGAAUUUCGUAUUGGGCUUUUCUGUUUCCUUUACCUUAUCCCGCUGAUUUGUAUGAAUGCCUGUGAUCUAUAUGAAUAUUUAUAUCGUGAUAAAUGGUUAACUGCUCCUGGACAUACAGCGGCCAACAGUAACUCCAAUCGUCGUGGUGCCAUCGACAGUAGUAGUAGUCAUCCUUCACAUAAAUCGUAUGGGCUAAAAUAUCCAACUGAGAAUGUAAAUCUUGCCGCCUACUUGUGGAAUGUUGAUGAAGUGUACGGUCCAAAUCCAGAAUUAUUCAUGCUGCGCAUAUUUAUGUCACUUGUCACAGGAUUUACAUGCAGUUUAUGGAUGUGGACUGUUAAAGGUUGCAAUUUAAGUCAAGAGUGUUGUUGUUGUUGUCUAUGCCUGACAAACAAUCAUCAUCCUUCAGUGCUGAAACAGAAAAAGCAACAAGAAAGUCUCAAUUUAUCGAAGAGGAAUUCCAAUCCCCAUGGGGGAGUGAAACACAAUUAUCUCUCCUCUAGUAAUGAUAAUAACGCAAUUAAUAAUGAUCCUAUGCAUAAGCCUACAUUCUCAAGAACACCUGAAGGCACAACAUAUACCUUACAUCCAUAUGCAGUAUAUCAGUACACAAAAUCCUCAGAUGGAUAUAGUCUACAACGUCCUAGUGUUGAAGGACAGUUGGAUUUAAGACGUGGCGGCAUUGUCGGUUGUAGUAAUCCUACAACAACUGGUUGUCCAACUGACAUCAAUCUGAGCUGUAAUCAAAAACCGAACUAUCCGACAACAUCAAUUCUAACCAAAGGUCAUUUAAGCCAGCUGGAUACAAGUUUUAUUCCACGUGAUUUAGAACACUCGACAGCAACUACACCCGGUUAUUAUAGUCAUGCUAAGAUUAGUCCAAAUAUGAUAAUUGAUUCAAUGAGUGAAGAUGCUUCAGCGUCUUCAAUCCCUCCACCCCUUCCACCAGCAAAUAGCCGACCACCACGUCUACCAGCACGUGGUGAUCCAUGUAUUGGAGCGUCAGCAAGUCAAGUGUUUGCAUUCACCAAUAAAUUGAAUACAGAAAAGUUGGACAGCAGCAGUAAGACCUGUCAAAAUCAUAACAAUAAUAAUAAUAACAAUAACAGCAGUGAAACUGAAAACUAUAGUUUAAUCAAAUUUCAAGUAACAUGAGUUGUAAUCACUCAUACUUGUAUAUGUAGGUACUUUUAGAAAUGAUUCUUCAUGACAUCUAAAUAUAUAUAUGUAUGUGUAUAUUUAUAUAUAUAGUGUACAUAAGUGGAACUUUUCGCUCGUUUCUUUCGUCCUCGGUUGUCUUUCUUGUCAUCAUUCUUUAUCUUCUUCUUCUUCUACUACCUCUUGACUUACCGUCAUCCUCCGCCGUCGUCCCACUCCCAAUCGGAGUAGUCACACCAUUAAACUCAUAAAACACUAGUCAUGAAAGAAUUUCAAGGCAUUUAUUUAUUCACUAAAGAACAGCUCUUCCUCUGUCUUCUUUUUCCAUCAUGUAACCUCAAGCAUUUUAUAAUAUCUAGUUGGGAUUAAGUGGGGGGAGGAGGAGGAUGAAGGUUUUUUCUACAGAAAGCAGACGGUUUUACAGGGUAAACUAGUAAUAAAAUGUUAUGCAACAGUCGGUGAGGCAUAUACAAUGAAUGGUAUUCCGUCAUCGGGAAUAACUAACUAUCGAUGAUACACAACUUCUAUUUUAUCACGUAUUAAUUAAUAAUAUGUGCACGUACAUAUUAGAUAUAUAUGUAUACGAAUAAAUGACGGGAUGCCGUUGUUUCUUUCAAAAUUUCUAUUAGCCUCUUCAUCAUAUAUGUUGUAUUUUGUUUUUUAUAUUUUACUGUACAAAUUCAAUGUUCAAUGGAGUUGACUUUUUGUUUGUUUGAAUUGAAUGUUUGAGCUUCUUGUCAAUGACCAAUAACAGCAUUUAUUUGUUGAAUGAAUUCUUUUCAAUUCAUUUCUGAAUGAAUGAAUGAGAUGACAAUAGCUGCUAAGACUAGGUGAAUUUUCAGAUGUACCAGUCCAAGUGUAUCUUUAUUGAUUUUCAAGUGGAGACUGGGACAAAACUGUUUACAUGGUUUCGUUGUAUUGUGUUUUGCAUUGUUUUCUCUUUGAGUACUUUUCUUUCAUCUGUUUUCUUUUUGGUUGACCUUAAUUUCUUUUUUUUUUUUUGAUUGUUUUAACUUUAUG